GCUACUUCUGUGAGGUCAGCCCCAGAAUCGACAUCCACCGUCGCCUCCCCUCGUUCUCGUUCUUCCGCCGCCUCCCCACUAUUCCUCGAGCACCACCGCUGUCAAUCUCUACUCGCCCCCGCAGAUCUGAUCCCGGGGUUCCCAACCCUCCGGUCCGUGGUACGGGCCAUACUCGUCGGCCAACAUGCAGGCUAGCGACAGGUUCAACAUCAAUUCUCAACUUGAGCAUCUUCAAGCCAAAUAUGUCGGAACAGGGCAUGCUGACCUGACCAGAUUUGAAUGGGCUGUGAAUAUCCAAAGAGACAGCUAUGCAUCUUAUAUUGGACACUACCCAAUGUUGGCAUAUUUUGCCAUUGCUGAGAAUGAAUCAAUUGGAAGGGAGCGAUACGAUUUUAUGCAGAAAAUGCUGCUUCCUUGUGGCCUCCCUCCCGAGAGAGACGAAGACUGAGGAGUUGGUACUGUAGAGCUGCCACCACAGCAACUUGUGUAGUUGUGUUCAGUUGAUGUUUGCUGUUUGCUGUGUGCUACCAAAAAUCUAAGGCCAGCCAGGAUUCGCCACCUUAGUACUAUUGUGACUGUUUGAACACCAUGAACAUCUUCAGCUUUGUGUAAUGUGUAUCCUUUUUUCACUUGUACUCCCAUGGAUAUUAAUCAUGAAUGCUGGGCACUUACGGAAUGGAACUUUAGUUGAGAGAGUACUAAUUUUCAGGAACCAAAUGUCGGAUAUUUAAGCAAAUUUAAGACAAGGAUUGUUAGAACCAA